AUGAAUGAGAAAGUGUGUAGAAUGUUCCUUACUCUAAGGAACUCCCUUUCCGAUAAAUUGGACGAUAAAAGAAAUUAUAAAUUUAUUAAUAAAAAAAAUUUCGAUGAGUAUUGUACUAAUGACAAAUGUAGUAAUAAUAUCGAAAAAAUUAAUGCUGGAUGUUUAUUUUUGUUUGAUGCAUUCUUUAAGGAUUCUUCUGCGUUUUCGUAUUAUACAAAAAAUAACAUCAAUAUUGUUGAAUACAUUAUCAUAUGGUUAAGUAAUAUGUUAAGCCUAAUCGAAGAUAAAGAAAACAACAGUCGAAAUUUUUUGUAUACUACAUAUAUAAAUAAUGAUAAGUAUACAAAUCCUAUAUCUGGUGUUGAAGGUCAUUAUAAUAGUUAUAAGGAUCUUUUAGAUAAAAAAAAUAUCAUGAAUAUGGAUAUGAAAAUUAUAUCUAAAUUAUAUGAUGCAUUUAAUACAUUAUGUAUGUUGUAUAUUGAAUUUAAUGCAAACAAGUCAGAUUGCAACAAAUAUUUGAAAUAUGCUGAUGAAUUUGUUGAAAAAUAUAAAAAACUUAAUAACGUUUAUGAUAUUAAUAAAGAUAAUCCAUAUUAUAAAUUAUUGUCUACACUAUCAAAUGAUUACAAUAAUUUAAAAAAGGAAUAUACUAGCAGUGUUUUUAAUUGUAAAAAUUUUCCAUCCCUUCCGACGAUAGAAAACAAUCAUCAUAUAGAAAGUUCUGGACUAAUUUCUGAAGAUGCAUCAUCAAGUUCGUCGAUAACAAACAAAUUAUUUAUAGUUUUAUCGAUAUUUGGUGCAAUAGCAUUUUUUUUAGGAAUUUCUUAUAAGUAUUCGCUAUUUGGAUUUCGGAAACGAGUUCAAAAACAAUAUUUAAGAGAAAAAAUAAAAAAUAUAAAGAAGAUAAUGAACCAAUAA